AUUCAACCCUGUUGUUGUCUUGCAUCCAACAUUGUUAUGAAAAUUAAGUUUGUUGUUAUUUGUUUUAAUUGUUGUAUAAUUAAUUCUAAAAAGCCACCCCUAAAUGAAUCUAUUAAGAAAGUAUUGCAAGUUUAAUACAUUUUACAGGGAAUUUCCGACCAUAUGAAAUAUCAAGAAAUAAAAUAUAAACAAUUAUAAAUUGUGUUGUUAUAUUGUAAAACGUUCUCAAUUUCUGAAAAUGUUAAAUUCAAAUUCAGAAGAAACUCCACUAUCAGUUGGCUCAAGUGUGACAGGAAAUACAAAAAUUUCUAAAAUAACUGGAAAGUAUUUUAAUUUCUAUCUAAAAAAUCGGAAAGAAAGCUCGUCAAAGAUUGAAGAAAAUUGUGAGUCCACAGAAAAAAUUAGAAACGAAAGAAAAGCUGAAUCUCCUUCUGGAAGAAAUUCUGAAUUUCUUAAAAAUCUCAAGAAAAAAUUACAAUUCAAAAAGCUUAUGCCAACCAAAUCAAGGCAAAGGAUUAAAGUAUCAGAAUUAAGUAAUGAAGUAUCGAUAAAAAAUUUAUCAGAGAGACCUAUUAAUAGUCAAGAAAAAAUUAAAAAUCAUGAAGCAAAAGAUUCUUCGAAUCCAGUAAAUUCUUACAUAGCAGCUUUAAUGUGUAAUGGGCAAAAUGUCUCAGAAACUGAACGAAUUCCGAGGCUCAAUUUGUUGGUCACUUCACAAAUUGAUUCAAUUAAUUCGGAAUCAGAGAAAUCCCAGGACAAUAUUGUAGCGGAAAAUUCACAAAAAGGAGAAACUAGUUUUCGAAAUUCUCAAAUCAUGGGAAAUAAUUUAUCACAACAAGAAACAAAAAAUAAAAAUGAUAAUUUAAAUAAAGACAAUUCAGAAGUGAAAAGCGGAACAAAGGCAACAUUAAUACAAGAAUUAUUAAAACUCAGUAAAUACGGAUGGUAUUGGGGACCGAUUUCCAGAGACGAAGCAGAUUCGAAAUUAACAUCCGAACCAGAUGGUGCAUUUCUCGUUAGGGAUUCUUCUGAUCGCAGAUAUUUAUUAACGCUAAGUUUCAAGUCUUCGGGAAAAAUUCGCCAUUCACGAAUUGAAUAUAGCAGUGGAUUGUUUUCUUUGUGUAAUCAUUCGGAAAAUCAAGGAUAUACGUCUGUGGUUGAUUUAAUCAAUCGUUCAAUGACAUUUAGUCAGUCGUCAAUCUUUUGCUACUCGCGUUCGAGAAAUCCUGCACAACCAUCGUUCCCCGUGAGAUUAACAAAGCCGGUGAGUCGAUUUACUCAAGUGAGAAGUCUACAGUAUCUCUGUCGUUUUGUUAUACGACAAAAUACAAGACUGGAUAAUAUUCACAAGCUGCCUUUACCAAAACCUAUUAGAGAAUAUAUCGAGGAAGCUUAUUAUUAAUGCGAUAAAGACGGAAAUUACCAUUUUCUUUGAACAUGAGUUGUGGAAUAUUACUUUUACAGAAUGAUCGAUAUAGAUUUUAUUAUUUUUCUUUUCUUUAGAAUUCAACACAUACUUUUUUUAAUACUGAGGCUUUUUUAGUUGUAAUAGAUUUUAAUUUAUGUGUUUUUCACAUACACGUUAUAUAUACGUAUAGUUAAUUAAAGGCCAAAUUUUUAUUUAUGUUUAAAAACUUUAAAAUUAUAAGAGAUGCUUCAAAAUAGUCAAGUCGACAUUUUUCUUCUUUUCAGAUAAAACCAAUUUUUUAAUAUAUAAAAAAAUUUUUGCUUCUCCUUUUUUUAUGUCUAGAAAUCUUAAAUUUUUACAACUUUAGAUUUCUAAGUAUUUUUAAAAAUGUGGCAAUAACUAUAUUUAGAGUUCAACAUUUUUCGAAUUAAUUAUAACUUUGAAAUAAGUUUUUUUUAAUCAGAACUGAAAAGUUGUGAAUUUAAUUAGACUUAAAUUAGUUAAUUAAAGUAAUUGAAAUUUUAUUAGUCUAUAAAUUAGAAAUUUUAAAUAAACAUUUUCUAAUGGCCUAUAAUUGAGGGACUGGAUGCUAUAAAGCGAUACGCGUUAUUUAAUUAAUGUGGUGCGUAUCCCCUUAUAGCAUCCAGCCCCUCAAUUGUUGAUUUAAAAGUUUCUUAAAUAGUGAGAUUUAUUUCUAUUUUUUAUUUAGAAAUAUUUUUACUUUUGUAAUUUUAAUUUUUUUUUUCUCAUUAUCGUGCAUUCUUAUAUCGAGUGUUUCUAUUAAAAUGAUUUUUAAUUCAAAUUUUAAAAACAAAUUAAAAUUUGUACAAUUUUCAAAUGAAAAUUUGUUAAAUUCGGCUCAAAAAAUCUUCUUAUGAUUAUUAUAAUAUUUAGAAAAUUAAAAAUUUUUAAUAAUUAUAAAUUCAUCUAAGUUUUAAUAGUUUUAAUAUUAAAUUAAGUUCUAAUGUUUAUAAAUAAAAUUUGUUAAUUUUUUUCCUUUAAAAGGGUAUUUUUAAGACUUAAAUUCGUAUUUUUUUUAAAAAAAGUUCAAAUUAUCUUCAUUUCUUAAAAAAGGAUGUUUUUAAUAAUGUUUUUUAAUAUUUAUAAAUACGUUCGUUGAUCAAAUAAAAGUUUUUAAUAGAAAAAUAUAUAAUAAUAAUAAUAAUAAUAAUAAUAAUAUGUAAUAACGAUAGACAUUAGAAUUUAAAAUGUAACAAAAAUAUUUCACCAAAAUGUCAACCAGAAAAUUAAUAUGAAUUUCCAAAGUAAAAAACAAAUGUUUCCAGUAAUUUAAGUGUUUAUCAUUAGUAAUUAGUUUUCACAAAUUCGAAUAUAAUUCACUAUAUCAAUUAAUAUUGUUAACUUUCUCAAGUACAAUUAUAAACAAGUAAAUAAUGGAAUUAAAUAAAUAUAUUAUUAUAAGACUGA